UUCUUCCCCGUCUUCACAGUAGACAGAAGGCUGGUGCCUCUGUGUCAGACAAGCAUGAAGUCGGUUGCUGUAACUUUCUGUGUCCUCUGCUUUCAGUUUGAAGCCCUGUAUGGAGUUGAUAGCUGCUCAUCAAGACCAUGCAAAAAUAUAGAUCAGCCUCAUGUCUCUGACUCCCAGGUGAUGGUGGAAUUUGAAAAUGGAAACUUCAAGUUCAUAUUCCCCAACCCCAAAAAUGUGAGUGAGUUCAGCAUGACCCUCUUCAGAGGGCAUGAAAAGAAGGAGAUCUGUGCAGUCCAUUUGAAUGGGGAGAAGAGUUUCCCGAAGAGUAAUGUCACCUACUGUGAGACAAAGCAUUCAAAUAGCAGCACCACUUUCAUUCUUAAAAAUCUGGAAAGAAAACAUAUUGACAUUUAUACCUACUGCCUGGAGAUGUUCGUACCCCCUCCUUAUAUAGAUUGCCGUCUGAAAGAAACCUAUUUGUACAUCCAAGAUAAGGAAGACUGCAUUUCACUGGGACUUAUGUCAUGGAUAAUUAUUGGCCUGAUCAUGUUUGCCAUGAUUUUCUGUGUCUUCUGUGUUGUAGCCUGUUGCUUAAGGAACAAGAACCAGCAGUGUGAAUCCCAGUCCCAUGAGUACAACAGUGAAUACAUGCCAAUGGCAGCAGUGAAUGAAGCUAAAAAAACAAGAAUCUGAGGUAUAAGUUUCUUGCGGCAUGGAAAUUCUUGCAGCAGAGGUUUCCAGCUACUUGAACCUGUACAACGAGAAAUCAGCAUUUCCUCACCUUUCCUGGCCUCCCUAAGCUCUCAUGAUGGUCCUGCGCUCAGGCAGGAGACACCCACUCUAGUACUGUUUGGAGCUGUGUUUUGCUCUAGCCUUGUGUGUUAACUGGCACACCGCCUGAUACACCGACCUGUGCAUGAAGUGCUAACAAUGUGUUAAAGAUGUCAGCUUUUAGUUGAAGAAAAUGUAGUGAUUUAGCUUGACAGUAGAUUCCCGUAGUCCUGCUACAGAGGGAACUUUUAUUUUCUACAGUCUCCUUUAUGAUAAACUUUUCAUUGGGGACAAAAAAAAAGGACUACCUCCAAUGCCAAUCCUUGUGGCACAACCAUAAAGCACUGUUCAUCUAUUGCACAUGCCCUUUUGUUAGGGCUAGAUUAGCCUGAUGUUAUAAAUUUCUCCUCAUAUUCACUGUCAAACUUCUUAGCAGCACGCUGGGAGAGUGUGGUAUGUACACAUGCUUUCCUGCACCAAGCUGUGGGACAGCAGAGGAACAAAACCUGAGAAAGCACAGCAGAGAUUUCACUGUGACACAGUACCUCAGGUAUUCACCUCUGUAUUUUUCAUAUUUGUGCUAUCAGUACAUCUUUACCAUUCAAACCUUGGGGCUCCUCUUAUUUAAUUAAAUUCUGAAUUCUUUUACUAACAGAGGAAUAUUUUAUUUUCAAGACUGAAAUUGUUCUUUAAAUCACUUCAAACCUGCAGGAUCAGUCCCUAAACUAGGAUGAACUGUCCUAUUCAUGUCUUAUAGCAGAAAUACAACACAGUCCAUAAGGCUGAUGUAUUCACUGGUUCUGCAUUGCAAUUAUCUUCCUCUUAUGGUUUGACAUGAAACUUCUACUACUUCCCCAGUGGGUUCAGGGGUUACUUCACCUGCCUCAAAUUGCUUAGAGCCUGCAGUAUGAAUGAAAUGAUCAAUCCUUCAUGCUCCUUGUGUAAUACAUCAAAAUUCUGACUAUAAAUGACCAGCUGGGAAUUUGUCCUGGAUGUGUUGCCAGACACCAUUGGGCUGCUGGAAGCAGAGUGGUGCAUUGAUUCUGAGUGUCUCUGUAACUCAUUGAAAAAGUAAGUAUCAGUCAGAGGACACUAUUGUGAAGGAUACAUAGCCUGCUUGUCUGGCAAACAGAAGGCUGGUUUCAAAUGUGAUAAGGCAAACAGGGACUGUCAGGCAUGAAGAGGACAUAGCUGUUAUGUCAAGAACAGUCUUUGCCUCAACAAACACCAAAAUACAGGGAAGUAUUGCAGAGAGAAGGUGCAAAUUGUUAACUGUGACACUGAGCAAAGGGGAAAUGAAUAAGGCAUCAAAUGAAGCGGGGACUACCCAUUUCACAGCGGGUACCCUGCUUUGAUAACCAGCUCAUAGGCAGAGAUGUAGAGGGGCAUCCUGGCACGUUGGGUAACAUUACAUUCUCUUCCAUCGUUCUGCCAUAUAACCUUUGCCAAAUUACUUGACCUCUCCAGCAAACAAACUCUCCUGUGUACAUCCACAAAUACACCAACUUUACCAUUCAAAAAAUAUCGGUGAAAUUAGUGCCUUUGAAAAUUAUUGUCUUUGACAAUUAUUGUCUUUGGAAAUUAUUGGUGAAAAUAGCUAACCCUACUGCCUGUGAGAAAUGCCGGAUGCAAGAUCCUAGGUAACAGUGAAGAGUCCUAUCACCCAGAACCUUUCACCAGACUGAGAAGGAAAUUCAAGUUUCUGAAAGAAGGAAAAACUUGAGGUUUGCUUUGAGAUGCUGCUGGAGAAAGGAGAAAUGAUGAAAGUCUGAACAACGUAGUUCAAAAUGCAUACAUUCUGCUCUGGAGAGAUAAAUGAUUUAUACUCAUUGUAACAAUGCUUUUGGAAGUCUUAGGUCCCAUCACUGCUUUCUUUUUGGAAAAAGAUAUUGUUAUUUUUAAUAAAACUUUUAUUUUUAAUUAUGCCACAUGUAUCCAUAAGAAAGUUCAUGCAUGUUGUGUGCAAGAAAUAAGCUCUAUAAAAUCCACAGUGCAAUGGGGAGACAGUUUGGAUCUGUUUGCUUCUUUUUAUUUUCAUGAGAAAUUCUUUUUCAUGAGAAGUCCUGUAUUGUCCCAUCUCUUCUUCCUUUCUUUUAAUCCCUUAUGCAGUAUACAGACAAUGAUCAGGAUUAUUUUGGGACAUUUUUUCAGUUUCUUUCAGCCAUUCUUCAAUACCUCCAAAUCAAAGGGAGCUGGCAGAUAAAGGAUGGCAGAAUGAGAAAAAAAAAACUGUGAAAAAUGUAACAUGAGCUGUGUCUAUAGAUUGCGUGACAAGAAAGGAUUAAAAAUAAAAUAAAACAAAAAAGGAGCCAAUAAGAAUAAACAAAAACUCUGAUAUUCUCACGGGUCAGUAUUUAAAAAAAAAAAUUCACUUUGAAAAUUCUCAGUUUUGGGAAAAGACCAUUUUAGCAGGAAUAAAAUCAAGUAAGAAUAUUUCAGCCAACUAUUCUAUGAAAUCCGUUUCCAAGACA